GCUACGUUGGUUGAUGAUUUGCAUUUUGAUAUCUGGGUGAUGAAGCAACACCGUGUUAAGGAAUCUUGGGUAAAACAAUUCUCCUUUGAUCCCUAUUUUCUUGGUGGACCCCCAAGAUUUUACACAGUUAUAUGUGCACUGAAGAAUGGUGGGAUCCUGUUGCAGAGUGAAGACAGAUCUCUGGUUUCUUAUGAUCCUGUGGAAAACAGAUUCAAGACUCUUCAAAUAAGUGGGUUAUCAUAUUGGUUCCGGCCACUUCCUUUUCUACCUUCUCUUUUGUCAGCAAAGGCAACCAUGAAUUUGCAACUUUAGCUCUCUCUAUUGAAUCAACCCUUUUUCUGUAAGACUACUACUAGUUUUUAGUUUGUGUUGAAUCUUUCAUCAUCAAUGCAUCAGUAACAGUCGUGUUAUUUACAAUCUCCUUAAGAUGGCUCAGAAUCUAUGGUUGCUAAUGACGAAAAGGGACCAAAAAUUGAAUGAACAUUACGAGUUUCU